AAUGAAUAACCCAAACUGCUGCACGCAUAUUGUCAAAAUAUGCGAGGCAGGGCAGACCAGACAGCAGACAGUGUAUAUAGUUGCGGUCCAUGAACCCUGAGCGUGCCACUAAUCCUGCAAUCUCGCCUCUGAUGACUCUCUGUCUUGGCGAAGUGGCAACUCUUGUCAGCCGCCUGUGUGGGCUGUGAAUGCGGUGCCGGGCCGAGGAGAGGCGCUGCCCAGAGCCCCAGACGAACCCAGCCACCCGCCGAGGCAGACCGUGAACCAUUUCAUUCCCUUGCCAGACUCCAGAGGGACACAACACCUCCCCCAAGAUGAGGCUCCUGUGGGUGCUGCUGGUGGCGGUGCUGGUGGUGGGGGCGUCAGCCAACGUUGCAAAGAUCCACAAGAAGGCCACCACGGAAACGGAGAAGAAACACAUCGAGGACAUUGAAAAGAAGCUCGAGGAUUUGAAGCAUCUGGAGGAAGAGCUUGAGAGAGAACUGGAGGUUGUGGAGGAAGAGGAGGAGGAAGAAGAGAUGGCAGAGGAGGAGGAGAUGACGGAGGAUCAAGCGGAGGAGGAGGAGGAGGAGGAGGAGGUGGAGGAGGAGGAGGAGAUGGCGGAGGAAGUGCCUGAGGAAUUCCAGCCUCAAGAAAUUCCUGGAGAUGGGUGCCUGGGCGUGUACUGCGGCGCCGGCAGGAUGUGCGUGGUGAACGACAACGGAGACGGGGAGUGUGCGUGCAACAAUGCCUGUGACUCUGAGGAAGAUGCGCGGCGCAGGGUGUGCAGUAACUACAACGAAACGUGGAUGUCUGACUGCGAGCUGUACAGGCAGCGGUGUCUGUGUGAGGAGGAGGACCAGAGCUGCCUCAACCCAGAGAACAAGCACGUCCACAUUGAGUACUACGGGGAGUGUCAGCAGAUCCCGGAGUGCGUUGAUGAGGAGCUGGAGGACUUCCCGAGGCGCAUGAGUGAGUGGCUGUUCCAUAUUAUGAGGGACAUGGCGGAGAGACACACCCUCAGCGAGCACUACGUCAGGCUGGAGAGGGAGGCGGAGGAGGACCCCAAGAAGCAGUGGUCCUAUGCUGUUGUGUGGAAGUGGUGUGAACUUGACUCCCACCCCAAGGACAAGGCUGUGUCGCGGCACGAGCUGUUCCCCAUCAGGGCUCCCCUCUACACCCUGGAGAACUGCGUGGCCACCUUCCUGGACUCCUGCGACACCAACGACGACCACGCCAUCACCCUGAGGGAGUGGGCCACGUGCACCAAGCUGUCCGAGGAUGACCUGGAGAAGUUCGAGAACUUCUGCGAAGGCAUUCGUGAGGAGUAAGUCUGGUGCUGACAUCUACUGAGUGAGUGGAAAGGUGGCCGGUCCGGCUAAACAUCCACCAUAGUCCCAGAAAAAAAAAAAAAAAAUUAGCAGAGUAAGAACUGCGUGUAAUCAAUCAGAUCUUCCCGUGGAUGAAUGUAUUAUUUGGAGCCAAUACAUAUUUGUGCAUAUGUAUUAUACAUUUAGUAUAUGCAUGUUUUUGUCAACGAAUAUAAAGUCUGGAAUAUUUACCUUUGAACAGUGGCAUCUUUUUAUGCUUGUAGUUGUUUCUAAUGAUCCGUAAGACAACCCCAGAGUAAUGUCCUGAUGCCACGUGCUGCAGGACGCCGCUAGCACGUCCUGCUAUAUACAAUGAGGCUUUUCAUGAGUGGAGUGCUAUUGUAAAGGAGUCACACUUGAGCUUGUACCUUAACUUCCUAGUCUAAUCACCUUGUGUCAGAUACAAUGACAAGAAGAGUAUUGAAGGAGAUAUUAUCUUUUAAACCUUUAGGUGUACGUUGCUUCCUGGCUGUACAGUUGACACCCCGCCCAGUGGUGGUGUGGGGUGAGGCCUUGAUGUGUUGUCCGCUCCAGCACUCAGUACUUGUCACUUCUUACGUAGUUACUUAACUUACACUGCCAGUUGUGAACUUAAGUCAGUCCUAAUGGUGCUAAAUUUAAUGUAAUUUUUUUUCUUUUUAUUCAUCUUAUAAAUCUUUAUCGUCUGCAUGAAGCUCUUUCUUCGCUGACCAGUAGACUGUGCUAAGUGACUUUCGUGACCUCACUGUUUCUAUUAUGUAAUGGUUGAAAUAAACUGCUUUUCUUA